ACUCAAGUAAGACUGUCGAGAAGCUCCUUUGACUAAAAUGCAUCCCUCUGUCAUCCUUCUGGUCCUUGCCUUCACAACAUGGCUCUCUGAACAUUUGGGAACUGCAACCGUGGUCGAAGACUUCAACCAUGUUGAGAGAUGCAAGGACUCGCUGUAUAUGGGCACUCCACCACGAGGCUUCAGAGAUAGCAGACUCAAGAAGAUCUGCCAGCGCUAUGCUGACAAACCCAGAUAUGUGACCCUGUACGACUCCAAAAACCGUAUCCCGGUUUACUCAGCAUACACCUUCAAGAAAACAGAGGGCGAUCGGCGUGUGGACUAUCCCUGGAUGUAUGAACCUCAGCUUGCAGAGCUCGAUGGGAAUGGGAACAUGCUGCCGUUCCCCACCGGAUACUUACACAUGAAGUUUGAGGACAGCCAGGCAAUUUUGGAUGACUAUUCCGAUGUGGUUUUAUAUGAAAGAGGCCAUCUGAAUCCAGACCAGCACCAGUCAGACCCCCAGGACCGAGCAGCUACCUAUACGCUCACCAACGUCGUGCCAGAAAUACGUGAGUUCAACAUCGGACCAUGGCGGGAACACGAAGAGCGCAUCCGUCUGCGCCUCAACAAUUUCUGCCGGGGAACAGCCUAUGUUGUAACUGGGGUAACCACUACUGGAAACAUGAUCCGACGCAACAACCAGGACCGUGUUGGCAUCCCUGAAGAAGUGUGGUCUGCCUACUGCUGCACUGACUACGACAGAAACGCACCACACAAUGAGCGCAUCCGCUUUCCGACCCAAGCUGCCCUGGCUAAGAAUGCAAAGGAUGGAAACAGAGUCCAAGAGCUCACAGUGCAGGAUCUGGAGAUCUACCUGACAAACAAAAUGUCUGUGGACAAGAACUUCCAGCUGUUCUAUGAUAACUGCAACUCACCUUCACCUCUUCCUUCCUACCUUCAUUAUACCAAAUGAUCUGACUUACCUUCAGCUUACAGCUUUGGUUGUGGUUUCUUUUUUCUUGCUUUCUUCUUUCCUGCAGAUUCUCUGUAAAUUACUGUACAAUUAUUUAGAAAUUUUGUGGAGUUAAUGUUAAAUAUAGUGGUUUGCAAUGUUAUACACUACUGUUUAAAUAUUUGGGAUAGGUAAGUUUAU